GUGAGCCAGAGCGAGACCGACAAUGCGCGGAAGGUUUGGCAGAUGUUGCUCAGCAAGUCGCACCAUGUCCGCGUCUACAUCGCCUACAGCGAUUUUGAGGCUGUGACCUGUCAGUCCAUGGCGAAGGCCAGGGAAGCCCUGGAUGCUGGCUCUCGCCACUUCAAGGUAGAGAGCCGCAGCGAGGAGCGGGCCAUGCUACUGGAGCACCUGCUGAAGCUCGAGAAAGAGCACGGCGACGAGGAGUCGGUGCAGGCCGCUGAGAAAAAGCAGCCGCAGCGGGUCAAGAAGAGGAAAGCCAUCCAGGGAGAAGAUGGCCAGGAGGCCUUCGAGGAGUACAUGGACUACAACUUCCCAGAGGACAGCUCCGAGACACAGAAUCUCAAGAUCCUCGAGAUGGCGAGGAUGUGGAAGAAGAGAAAGCUGGAGUCGGAGUCGUCCCAGCCCCCUCCCGAGUCGGCGUAG